CGCGCGUGCGCCGUGGCGGCGGCGGCGGCGGUGUGUCCGUCAUGGCGGCGUCCAUCUCCGGCUACACCUUCAGCUCCGUGUGCUACUGCAGCGCCAACAGCAGCGCCGACCACGAAGGAUUCCUGCUGGGAGAGGUGAGACAAGAAGAGACUUUCAGCAUUAGUGAUUCACAGAUCAGCAACACUGAAUUUCUACAGGUGAUAGAAAUCCAUAACCAUGAGCCUUGUUCAAAACUCUUUAGCUUUUAUGACUAUGCAGGCAAAGUUAAUGAGGAGAGUUUGGACAGGAUUCUCAAAGACAGAAGAAAAAACGUUAUUGGAUGGUACAGAUUCAGGAGAAACACUCAGCAGCAGAUGUCAUACAGAGAGCACAUCAUUCAUAAACAGCUGACACACAUCCUUGGAGUGCCUGACCUCGUCUUCCUUCUCUUCAGCUUCAUUUCCACUGCAAAUAACUCCACUCAUGCUUUAGAAUAUGUGCUUUUUAGACCAAACAGAAGGUAUAAUCAAAGGGUGUCGCUUACUAUUCCUAAUCUAGGCAACACUAGUCAGCAGGAAUACAAAGGUUCUUCAGUGCCAAAUACUUCUCAGAAUUAUGCCAAAGUUAUUAAAGAACACGGUACUGAUUUUUUUGACAAAGAUGGAGUGAUGAAGGACAUCAGGGCUAUCUAUCAGGUUUAUAAUGCACUUCAGGAAAAAGUACAGGCAGUAUGUAUAGAUGUAGAAAAAAGUGAACGUGUUGUUGAAUCUUUUCAAGCUGAUGUCAACAAGUUAAAAAGGCAAAUCACACAAAAGAAGAAUGAAAAAGAACAAAAAAUAAGCUGCACGCUCGAAGAUUCCGACGUCUCCGAUCCUCCCCCGCCGUACUCGGAUUUCAACACGAGCACUCACGACAGCUCUGGCAGCCCCGGGCUCCUGGAGAGCAGCAGCAUCUUCAUGCCUCGGCCUCAGGCAGUGGGUUCUUCCAGUUAUGUUUCCACAAGUGCAGGAUUGAAAUAUUCUGGCAAUGGAGCAUCCAUGCCAUCUUCCCAAAGAGCGCUCGCUGACAAUGUUGACGAAUCAGAAGACAGUGAUUAUGAGAAUUUGCUUGAACCCACAGAGUCCUCUGACAGUGAAUACUCACAGACCAGGGAGUCACGACCUUCAGCACAUCCUGAUGGUGAUUCCAGGAACACUCAAACGUCUCAGAUUUGAUAGGGGGGGAAAACAGAACAAAUCCACGUGACACUGUUUUUUCAUCAUUGUUACCGAGAGAUUUUGGGGAUUUAACCCGGAGGAAAUGAACUACACAGGAUUACUGUGCACACGAAAUGUAGAAGACUUGCACUAGAUGGUUUAUUCACCUUGUGAUACAUUUUGCAAGUUUUAUAAUGGAAUCAUUAGGAUAAUCAAGUUGUACUAAUACUGAUGAGGUUCAUGGAUGUACUGGUAAAUUUAGGCAAAAUGAAAUUUAUAGAGAUCUUGUAGCUUUUGUUGCCAUAUUUUCUUUAAGACAAUAAAUUGGGAUGUAGUAACUAAGCACAGUUAGUCUACAGAUAAUGUUCUCAAAUCAAAACUUACCUCUUGCACUAUCAUGCCUUGAAUUUUAAUUUUUGAAAGGGAAUAAUAAAUAUAUCAGCCGCCUUCCGAAUAGCUUUCUAUGGUAAGCCAAAUUGGCCUUUGCAAGCAAAGAAAUUUUGAUAAUUCUGAGAAGCCUGAUUGGAAAAGAUGUGGUCAACCUCUUUCUGUGGGCAUGCCCUCAUCAGAGGAGGGGUUUGGUUCGACCGUUUUUACAAACAGAAUGUGUCUCACUUCAACUGAUGGUUGCCUUUUUUUCUGUAAAGGAUGUCGGGGGGGGUGGGAUGCCUGGUAAAUCAUCCAGAUGAAUGUCAUAAAUAGAAUUAUUCUGGUUUCGCUGGGUUUACAAUGACUUUAUGCCACACUAGCCUCAUUUAUUGUCUCAUGUGUUCUUUUAGCAUAAAUAUGAAGUGCACAUACAGGAGUAAACGACCGACAGAAGUAGUAAAUUCCAUCACGAUUGGACUUUGGAGUCUGCAAAUUGCAAACAUCAGAGACUGCUACUUGCAUUUUAUUUGCAUCUGAGUAUCGGAUUUACGCUUCUAGAUGAGUUAUUUUAUGUGAUAAAUAGGGGAUAGGGUAGGAAAAGAUUGUUUGGAGAGUCCCCUGGGUUUAUUACCUCUUUUCCUCUGGGUGAAACAUGUAAAUGAUUAUUUUAAUUUGAAUUACAGCUCUUGUCAGAAAACUGCCGUUUGGGAUAAAUGAAGUGUGGUAUAUUUAGAGAAUUUCAUGUUUGGAUGCACUUACUUUUAUUUAAAUACUGCUUGUAUGCUAACGUUGCCCAAAAUAUGUGAAAUUGUGCCACUAAGAAAUUUGUAUUAUUGGACUUUAUCCCUGAUGUGUAAAUGAGAAAAUACACAUUUUAAGAUGAGGUUAUCUGCAGCAUUUAUCUCUUUGAGGUAUCAAUAGCCACUUCUUCAGUUUACACCCAGAACAGCAAAGCAGUUGCUUAAAAAAUUUAAAUAUCUCAAAUUUUCCCACUGAAAUUUUAGUCUCCUGGAUCAUAUCCAUAGGCAAAAGUCUGUUCAUUACCUCUCCUUACCUGUACUAAAUUAAGGAAAGUAACUUUGGGAAAAAAAAUGAGAUGUUAAAUUGCCAUUCUUCUACCGAGUGGUUCCAUCUUUAAACAUCAAGUGCUCUGGUUUUAACUAUUUGACAUUGUCCUCAUUAGCCUUAACUGGAUGGAUUUUUGUCUUGGAGUUUUGCAAUGCCUGGAACAGAGACCUGGCUGUGGAGUCACCACCUGGGAGCACCUGUGGCUCAGGUGUGGACGUGUGGAUGCUGGAGUCAGAACUGACAGGUUGGCAGCCACCCUCUUCAUUUCUAUUCUGCACAGAAACCUGCAAAAUGUACAUCUCUGAGAAAGCAGUUAAAUGUGACAAUAAAAUCUUAUUUAAUCCUACCACAGGUUUUAAUGCUUGUCAGGUGCCCCGCUGGUGGAGGAGCUCGCUGGGAAGCAGGAGUGCAGCUCAGACGUGGUUUGUUCAGGCUGGCAGCCUGGGGGACUCAGGGGAUGUGGCAGAGGGAGAACUCCAUGCCUGACACAUGUUUAUACAAGAUCCUUGAAUUCUGGGGUUAUUUAACAAAAAAUGUUACACGUUCUGCUUGGUUUUCCAUGCUCCAUGUAGGUGGGACAGGUGUGUCAUCGUGUCUCCAGCCAGUGCCUGCCUGCAGGUUCCAUUCACCAUAAAGCUGACUCAUAAGGACAAAGGGUGUGGCUUAUUUUUAUUUUUUAAUUGUAGGUAAUAUUCUGGUAAAAAUACACCUGCUUAGACUUUGGAGUUUUCUUGACAGUCCUGUUAAAAACAACAGUGGUGGGUUGUGAUCUGUCAGAAGGCCACAAGGAGCAGCUUUAGUCCUGAAUUGUGGAGUUUCACACCUGUGAAACACCAGGGUUCCAUUGUGACUCCUGGACAGUCCCUGUUGGUGAUUCCCAGGAGCAGGGCCUGCAGCUGUGUCCUCCCUCUAACAGGAAGGCAGCACUGAGGAAAAACUACUGAAAAUUGGCUCCUGUGUCCUUCUGUUCCAGAUCCUGGAGUUUUCCUGGUACAGCAAAUUAUUUUCUGGUUGACUGUGAGAAACCUGGAACUGCUGUUUCCCUUAUUUCCAAAUGUAUUCCCCCUCUGAGUGUUGAUAGUAAGAAGAACAGGGAUGCACCAUAUGGGAAGCCUCAAUGAAUUAGAACUAUCACAUAUGCUUACAAAAGGAAGCAUCAUCAAAUAUUUCUGAAAUUAGCUUGGAUUGACACUCUGGGAGUCUCCAAGUCCUGUCUUUGCUUAUGGGAUGGAACAUGUUGGCAGAAGGACUUGUGAGCAUUGUUAAUUUUGGCAUAUUCAUGACUGUGCAGGUUUGGAGUUCAUGUCUCACAUCUCUGGGGACAUUUCACUGCCUCUGACAUGUCCUGAGAUAAAAUGUGAAGAGAAGCUGUUACUGUUGAUGGAGCA